AAGACAAGAAUCAUUCCGAUCAUUGCUAUUUUAACUGAGUAACUUCAGCCAUGACUAACGUGUUUGUAUUUGCGACUGUGCUUCUUGUGUCUUUUGUUGUCGCUGUGCCAACGGAUGAAGAAACCCCUCUAAGUUGUCCAGAGAAUGAAAAGUAUUACAAAUGUUCUCUUGAAGUAUGUUACAAGAAGUGUGAACAUUUGAAAAGCCCACCGCCGUGUCCAAGUAUCUCUAGUGAUUGCUUUUUGCCAUCUUGCGAGUGUAAAAAUGAUUACUUGAGAAACAGCGAUGGCGUCUGUGUACCUUAUUUGGAAUGUUGAAUGUCAAUUGAAAUUAUGUGAACAUUUCAUUUCAGACUAAUGUAUUUGUUAAUUACAUAAAUCUGAUAUUGAAAUUGA